CACUCACAAGAAUUUCAAAAAGAGAACAAACCCUAGGCGGGCGGACCCAUUCUCUCUCUCUUUCUCUCUCCCUCUCUCUUUCUCUCUCCAAUUUUCUGUACUGCUAGUCAAUUCAUAGGAUUCUCUCUGUGGUUUCUUUGAAUAUCUGGAGGUUCUGAGGGAGAUCGAUUGGCAGGAUGGUUGAACAUGGUUUUGAUUAUGUUCAGUGAAUCCUGAUUGUAAAGGUAUUUUUUUAGCCCUGCUGGGAAUAAUAUUUGAGGAAAUUGUGAAAAAGUGUAAAGAUUUUAUAAUACAAGAGCACAAGGAGAUAAGAUUGAUUGCAAAACGGGGAGAAAGGAAGGAAAUAGUAUGGGGAAAGUAUUUCCAAAAGAUAGGGAAUCCAAGACUGCUAAACAGAAAAGGAGGUUACGGAGUUCGAGCAGCAAGUAUCUGAGGCCAGGUGCCCUGGCUCAGCUUCGCUACAAGAAGGUGUCAGCUGCUAAAUCCUGUACAGAUCUUGGAAAGAAAAGGGUGGCCGUGUUCGAAUCUCAGAAGACAAACAAUGAGGAAGUAGUAACUCAGACUAUGGGCAUUGAUAAAAGCCCCACAGUUUUAUCGCCUGUAAAGUUUGGAUUUGGUCCUGUAGUUGGACCCUUAGAUAUGCUGAGGCAGAAUAAUCUGCAGAGAACGCCAAAGACGCCUUGUCAUGCAGAUUGCAAUUCUGAGUCGAGGCUUGAAUCUCUCCCAAUGGAUUUACUGGUCAAAAUACUCUGCCACCUCCACCAUGAUCAACUUAGAGCAGUUUUCCAUGUAUCUCACAGGAUUCGAAAAGCUGUUGUACUCGCUAGGCAGUUCUACUUCAAUUACACUACUCCAGAUCGGUCUCGACAAGAGAUGUUGAGGGCAAUAACUCCACUCCCCACAGAGCGUUGGCCUUUUGUAAGCAAGGGAGAUGGAAAAGGUCUUUGGGAACAAAGCCCACACACCCCAAAAGCACCAAGGCAUGGUCCUCGCCCGCCAUCUCGUGUCAAGUAUGCGGACAUGCGGCAGAUAGCAGCAGUUCUCUUUCAGGAGUCAACAUUUCCUCCCAGGUGCAUGGUGCCAUCAGUUUUACCGAAACCCCUAUGCAAAUCGUUGGCUUCAAAUCGGGUUCUCUUUUACGAGGAUGAGUUAUGCCAGGCUGUUGCUCAGAAUAAACUUCUUUGAUUUAUAUGGUGAUUGUUUUUUUAUCCAGUCUUGUUCUUAUAUGUAUAUAUAGUAUGUUCUCUAUCCUUCUAGUGGUGGGUUUUUUUCAGUUGAAAGGGUACAAUUUUGUAGGUUUGCAUAGGCAAAACUUUGGGUCAUGGACUUUUAGAGUU